AUGGAGAAGAAGAAGUAUCCGAUUGGGCCAGAGCAUUACACCAUUUACGAAGUGAUUGGGCAAGGUGUUAGUGCUUUAGUGCAUCGUGCUAUGUGCAUUCCGUUCGAUGAAGUCGUCGCUAUUAAGAUUCUCGAUUUCGAACGAGAUAACUGCGAUCUGAACAACAUAUCUCGUGAAGCGCAGACGAUGAUGCUUGUUGACCAUCCCAACGUGUUGAAAUCACACUGCUCCUUUGUUAGUGACCACAAUUUGUGGGUCGUCAUGCCAUACAUGUCUGGUGGCUCUUGCCUUCACAUACUAAAAGCUGCAUAUCCUGAUGGUUUUGAGGAAACCAUUAUAGCGACAAUACUGCGUGAAGCGUUGAAAGGCUUAGACUAUCUCCAUCAGCAUGGCCACAUACAUCGGGAUGUCAAAGCGGGAAAUAUUCUGCUCGGUGCACGAGGUGCGAUAAAGUUGGGAGAUUUUGGUGUAUCUGCAUGUCUCUUUGAUUCAGGUGAUAGGCAAAGGACAAGGAACACAUUUGUUGGAACACCUUGCUGGAUGGCACCUGAAGUUAUGGAGCAGUUACAUGGCUAUGACUUCAAGGCUGAUAUUUGGUCGUUUGGUAUAACUGGGCUAGAGCUUGCACAUGGUCAUGCUCCUUUCUCUAAAUAUCCACCAAUGAAGGUUCUGCUUAUGACCUUGCAAAAUGCACCACCAGGGCUGGACUACGAAAGAGAUAGGAAGUUUUCCAGGUCUUUCAAGCAGAUGAUCGCCAGUUGUCUAGUUAAAGACCCUACCAAACGCCCGUCUGCGAAAAAGCUGCUAAAGCAUUCCUUUUUCAAGCAAGCAAGGUCAAGCGACUACAUUGCACGGAAACUUCUGGAUGGAUUACCAGAUCUUGUUAAUCGUGUUCAGGCAAUAAAGAAAAAGGAAGAAGACAUGCUUGCACAAGAGAAAAUGGCGGAUAUAGAGAAAGAGGAAUUGUCGCAGAAUGAAUAUAAGAGAGGCAUCAGCGGGUGGAAUUUCAAUCUCGAUGAUAUGAAAGCUCAGGCUUCACUGAUCCAGGACAUAGACUGUGGCUUAUCGGAGAGCAGUUUAUCGGGAAGUACAACUUCGUUGCAGGCUCUAGAUUCACAAGACACGCAGUCGGAGACUCAGGAGGAUGUUGGUCAACUGACAAAUAAGUAUCUCCAACCCCUAAUUCACCGAACUCUAAGUAUUGCGAGGGAUAAAUCUGAUGAUGAUUCAAGUCUUGCCAGCCCCAGUUAUGAUAACUAUCUCUAUUCCUCUCCCCGUCAUGAGGAUCUAUCUUCACAUUAUCCACACGCUGCUAGUACGCAUGCAAUCAAUGGGAAAUCAAUGGAUUCCACAUCAGUCUCAACAAACCAACCAGCAGAGAGUCUAUCAGAUAGAAAUGUUGCUCCUCAUAAAGGAGAGAGUGAUAAAACCCAAGAUCAGCUUCGAAAUGGGUCAGCCUGCAAUGGGGCACAUCCUACAGUGGGAGGAGAUGAAGCACCAACAGAGCUGGUUGUUAAACCACCCAAAGCUGCAGCCAACCACGAUGAAACUGAGGACAAAUCAAAGCCGCCAGUAGUGCAGCAAAGAGGGCGUUUCAAAGUAACUUCUGAAAACCUUGACAUCGACAAGGUGGUGGUUCCAUCUCCAAUGCUGCAAAAGAGUCACAGCAUGCAGGUGCUCUCCCAACAUUCUGCUACUUCUCUACCUCCCACUGCUUUAGGAUCAGAUGUCACAUUUCCAAAUCUAACCAGCUCAUACGUCUACCCAUUGGUUUAUCCAGUUCUGCAAACUAACAUUUUGGAAAGAGAUAACAUUCUGCAUAUGAUGAAAGUACUCACCAACCGAGAGUUGGCAGACGGACGUGCACUUGAGCAAGGAAGCGUACACCAAUCUACUGCAGCUCCUACUGAGAAAUCCAUGCUUGAAGCAGCACACGAACGAGAGAAAGAAUUGCUCCACGACAUAACCGAUCUGCAAUGGAGGCUCAUUUGUGCAGAAGAAGAGCUUCAGAAAUACAAAACUGAUCACGCCCAAGUUUGA